CUGAGUCCGUUCUGGUCAGCCAGAACACAACCUUACCUUUUUUUUUUUUUAAGAAAAUACUUUGAAUAUCAUCCUUAGGGAUUAGAAACUAAAAAUUGAUCAUUCCCCUAAAGCAUAUUGUUUUCGGAGUGGAAAACUGUCAAAGACCGAAAGAAAACCCUGUUUAGGGCUCUGCGCUGGCCCUUUACUGGAAGGAGCAGCUCCACCAGCUGUGGCGGCUUUCUCUACCCGGGGUAGUUGCUACAGCCAUUCAAGGAAUCGAAUACUAUUUCCCUCCAUGAAUAAGUUCGGGUCUGUCCUGGUCACUAAAAGAGGAAAAUUUGAGUAGGAGGUAUCCAAAGGGAUCUCAGAAUGUUGGCUUUGUGUGUUCAUAAUCACAAGAGGAACAAGUGGUUCCACAGGAGAUGAGGGUAGAUACUGUGUCUCCAUCUCCUGUGGAAGGAAGAGCUAUUACUCUGUGAAAAAGCAUGGACCUGAAAAAGAGCUCACCAGAAAAGAACCAACUAACAGUUGCUUUCUCAGACAGACAGGGUUUCACCACGUUGGCCAAACUGGUCUCGAACUCCUGACCUCAGGUGAUCUGCCCACCUCAGCCUCCCAAAGUGCCGAUGUUGUUUUCUCCAAUUACUUCAUAGAAAAUGACAAUCAAUAGCCGCAGUGUAAGAAUGAGAAAAGCGUCUGCCACAGACAGAAUGAAGAUCAUUCUACACGACAUGUGUCCAGUGCUUCUCAAUCCUGUCAAGGUCAUCGAAAAGAAGGAAAGACAAGACAAUAUCACAGACCAGAGAAGACUAAGGAGUGGGUCUUCUGUGGAGGAAGAGGAAGAGUUGGUCUUGCUGUCUCAGGAGUAACAGAGGUGGAAGAAAGGGAAGAGGAGGCAGAAGAGGUUUUACAGACGCUAGAGUGCCAAAGAAGACCUUUGAAGUGUGAAAAGAUUUCCUGCAAUUGAAACCACAAUGUCAUUUAUAGAUCCUUAUCAGCACAUUAUAGUGGAGCACCAGUAUUCCCACAAGCUUACGGUAGUGGUGUUACGUGCGACCAAAGUGACAAAGGGGGCCUUUGGUGACAUGCUUGAUACUCCAGAUCCCUAUGUGGAACUUUUUAUCUCUACAACCCCUGACAGCAGGAAGAGAACAAGACACUUCAAUAAUGACAUAAACCCUGUGUGGAAUGAGACCUUUGAAUUUAUUUUGGAUCCUAAUCAGGAAAAUGUUUUGGAGAUUACGUUAAUGGAUGCCAAUUAUGUCAUGGAUGAAACUCUAGGGACAGCAACAUUUCCUGUAUCUUCUAUGAAGGUGGGAGAGAAGAAGGAAGUUCCUUUUAUUUUCAACCAAGUCACUGAAAUGAUUCUAGAAAUGUCUCUUGAAGUUUGCUCAUGCCCAGACCUACGAUUUAGUAUGGCUCUGUGUGAUCAGGAGAAGACUUUCAGACAACAGAGGAAAGAAAACAUAAGAGAAAGCAUGAAGAAACUGUUGGGUCCAAAGAAUAGUGAAGGAUUGCAUUCUGCACGUGAUGUGCCUGUGGUAGCCAUAUUGGGUUCAGGUGGGGGUUUCCGAGCCAUGGUGGGAUUCUCUGGUGUGAUGAAGGCAUUGUACGAAUCAGGAAUUCUGGAUUGUGCUACCUACGUUGCUGGUCUGUCCGGCUCCACAUGGUACAUGUCAACCUUGUAUUCUCACCCCGAUUUUCCAGAGAAAGGGCCAGAGGAGAUUAAUGAAGAACUAAUGAAAAAUGUUAGCCACAACCCCCUUUUACUUCUCACACCACAGAAAGUUAAAAGAUACGUUGAGUCUUUAUGGAAGAAGAAAAGCUCUGGACAGCCUGUCACCUUUACUGAUAUCUUUGGGAUGCUAAUAGGAGAAACACUAAUUCAUAAUAGGAUGAAUACUACCCUGAGUAGUUUGAAGGAAAAAGUCAGUGCUGCACAGUGCCCUUUACCUCUUUUCACGUGUCUUCAUGUCAAACCCGACGUUUCAGAGCUGAUGUUUGCAGAUUGGGUUGAAUUUAGUCCAUACGAAAUUGGCAUGGCUAAAUAUGGUACUUUUAUGGCUCCCGACUUAUUUGGAAGCAAAUUUUUUAUGGGAACAGUUGUUAAGAAGUAUGAAGAAAACCCGUUGCAUUUCUUAAUGGGUGUCUGGGGCAGUGCAUUUUCCAUAUUGUUCAACAGAGUUUUGGGCGUUUCUGGUUCGCAGAGUAGAGGCUCCACAAUGGAGGAAGAAUUAGAAAAUAUUACAACAAAGCAUAUUGUGAGUAAUGAUAGCUCGGAUAGUGAUGAUGAAUCACACGAACCCAAAGGCACUGAAAAUGAAGAUGCUGGAAGGGACUAUCACAGUGAUAGUCAAGCAAGUUGGAUUCAUCGUAUGAUAAUGGCCUUGGUGAGCGAUUCAGCUUUGUUCAAUACCAGAGAAGGACGUGCUGGGAAGGUGCACAACUUCAUGCUGGGCUUGAAUCUCAAUACAUCUUAUCCACUGUCUCCUUUGAGUGACUUUGCCACACAGGAUUCCUUUGAUGAUGAUGAACUGGAUGCAGCUGUCGCAGAUCCCGAUGAAUUUGAGCGAAUAUAUGAGCCCCUGGAUGUCAAAAGUAAAAAGAUUCACGUAGUGGACAGUGGGCUCACAUUUAACCUGCCGUAUCCCUUGAUACUGAGACCUCAGAGAGGGGUUGAUCUCAUUAUCUCCUUUGAUUUUUCGGCAAGGCCAAGUGACUCCAGCCCUCCGUUCAAGGAACUUCUUCUUGCAGAAAAGUGGGCUAAAAUGAACAAGCUCCCCUUUCCAAAGAUCGAUCCUUAUGUGUUUGAUCGGGAAGGGCUAAAGGAGUGCUAUGUCUUUAAACCCAAGAAUCCUGACAUGGAGAAAGAUUGUCCAACCAUCAUCCACUUUGUUCUGGCCAACAUCAACUUCAGAAAGUACAAGGCUCCAGGCGUUCCAAGGGAAACUGAGGAAGAGAAAGAAAUUGCUGACUUUGAUAUUUUUGAUGACCCAGAAUCACCAUUUUCAACCUUCAAUUUUCAAUAUCCAAAUCAAGCGUUCAAAAGACUACAUGAUCUCAUGCACUUCAAUACCCUGAACAACAUUGAUGUCAUAAAGGAAGCCAUGAUGGAAAGCAUUGACUACAGAAGACAGAAUCCAUCUCGUUGCUCUGUUUCCCUCAGUAAUGUUGAGGCAAGAAGAUUUUUCAACAAGGAGUUUCUAAGUAAACCCAAAGCAUAGUUCAUGUACUGGAAAGGGCAGCAGUUCCUGAUGCUGAGGCAGUUUGCAAUUCCGUGACAACUGGAUUUAAAAGUACAGUACAGAUAGUUGUACUGCUCAUGAGAGACUGACCGAUACUGAGUCGCAGUGACUUAGCUGCAUGAGAAUAAGACUAUUAUAAGGUGGUUAUGUUGACAGACAGUGUUGAUGAUGUAAGGACAUACUUAGCUACAUUUUCAGUCAGUAUGAAUUUCCUGAUACAAAUGUAGGGAUAUAUACUGUAUUUUUAAACAUUUCUCACCAACGUUCUUAUGUGUGUUCUUUUUAAAAAUGUUUUUUCUUUUAAAAUAUUUAACCGUUCAAUCUCAGUAUGUGUGAAUGAUAUUCACUGACUAUUCAUCCCAUGAGACAACACUAUUUUUAUUUAUAUAUGCAUAUAUAGACACACAUGAAAUAAAUACAUCAAUGUGCAAAUAAGCAUGAGAUAA